AUGUCACCAGUGAUACAUUGUAUCCGCCAUGGACAGGGCUUCCACAAUGUUGGUACCGGAUGCUACACUCUUCCAGAUCCUCGCCUGACCCCCUUGGGUGAAGAGCAGAACCUGGCAUUGCGAGAGACGGCGUUCUCAGAUCAGUCAAAGAUAUCUCUUGUCCUUGCUUCUCCCCUUUGCCGAACACUCCAAUCUGCCUAUAUGGUGUUUCAGUCAGCCCUUGAGGGCAGCAGCAAGUGUCACCCUGAAAUCAUCGCCAUCCCGGAUGCUCAAGAAACCUCGGACGACCCGUGCGAUGUUGGAACUGAUCCAUCAGCCCUUCGCAAAGUGGUAACCGAGAGCAACUGGCCUGUCGAUCUCUCUCUAGUCAAGGACGGCUGGAACGUGAAGGCCUUAGGGACUCGCUACAGCCCAGAAAGUGACGCCAUAGCAGCCCGCGCCCGCGACGCCCGCAUCUUCAUGCGACAGAAGAUCCGACAACUGAUCGAGCAAGGCGAUACGGACCCUCAAGUUGCUCUCGUGACACACGGUGGUUUCCUGCACUACUUCACCGAUGACUGGGAGGACUCAUGGCUGAACCCUGGGACGGGAUGGAAGAACUGCGAGACUCGAUCCUACGUAUUCGAGCAAGACCUAAUGAAAGAUAUAGAUGUGGAGGUUAGGCUUACUGAGACGAUGGAGAGUCGAUUGAGAAGGGGAAAGGGUAAUCCUAUGCCGGCUAAGGAAGAACAGGCGGGGCUAUUUGAGCAGGCGAUGGAGAGCUGGGAGAGCCAGGGGCUGCAGAGACCCGAUAGAAUUGGAGUGAAUGUCGAGACGAGUGUGGUCGCAUGA